AUGGAAAAGCAGAAUGAGGAAACGAGGAAAUGGAGAGAGGCUUGCACAUUACGCAGAGUUUGCAGAUCUCCCGCUUUGAACUAUGAAAAAAACUGGACGCCAGCCGAAUCAAGAUCCUCGAAAACGAUGCGCGGAGAGUCGGGAUUCCAGGAGGAAGGUGGAAAUGAGAACUGUAGGCCCCAGGUUGAAGGGAGCAGGCACUUGUGGGAAAGCAAAGAAUGGAUAAGUGCAUUGGUUCGAGUUUGGGAUCAACCAGUGUCGACAGGGGAUGGUUGUAAGGAACAAGUUGGGAAUAGUUUGAAGGGUGACGGAUUGACGAGUAACGGCGCGCUACGAGGAAUAGACCAUGGUGGAACCGAGAAAGAACGGAGCAAGGUCGCAGAGAAGGACGAAAUGGGGUGGGUUGAUGCCGGCGGGUGUCGUGGAGUGCUGAUUGUGACCACCGCCCGAGUGCUUGGACGAUUCCUUGUGUCGCCUCGAGCUACCUCCGGUUCGGCGGGUGCGUUGAGUUACAGGUAUCUGCUCUCGCAGAGAUUCAAUCUCCUUGAGGGUGUUGUGAUCCGUCAAGCUGAAUGCAAGAAUAAACCCCUUGCCGGCCUGGUACAAUCAUGGAAACGUGCCGCGCUAAACGGACAUGAAAGGAGGAGAAAACAGUACCUUGAUGUAGAGAUCAUUGAGGGCGACGAAUUGUUCCGCGCCAGCCGUAUCGAGGACUUCCAACUAGAGCAACGAGCGUUAGAAUGUUUGUACAGUCACGGACGGAAAUGGGAAAAAGAAGGGGUGGCGAUGAGGAAUGCACAAUGUGGAGAAAUGAAUUGGGCAUCAAUAGCUCUCUCGAAUAGGAGAAUCUUUGUGGGGGGUUGCGAGUGGCGUCCCCUAGCUGCUAGCGAUUCCGGUUCACGCCUCUUUGCACCACGUAACGUGGAAAGGAAAAGCGUAGGCACGGUUGUCGAAUGGGGAAGGAGGGCGAGGGGAGAAGCCGUCGGCGUGUCGGGUCGGACGACCCCUCUCGCUAGUUCGGACCUGUAUUACGACCAAUUACGACCAAGAACAUUGAUGGAACCCAGGGUGGGAGGUUGGGUGACCCAUUUUAGGCUUUGGCUCGUUUGGCAAACAGGUCCGCCCGCUCGCGUAAGGAAAGUCUCUGGCGAGCUCUUUGAUCCGUGGAAAGCGUGCAUGAAUACGGCGAGGGUUCUCGUGCCAUCAAAUCCUAGAAUGUUGGUGAUUGUCGAUGGUCCACUGUUUCUGUGUCGAGUUCGAAUUGAAGACGAAACCGAGGGGUGCAGCGGCUGCUCCGAGUUGGCGUUCGAGGGGCCGGCGGGGAGAGGGAGGGGGGAGCGAAGAGGAAGGGCAAUAGAUCGGAUUGGAUUGGCAAAUGGAGAGAAAUGCCCAGAAAUAAGAGGAAAAGAGAGUGGAAAUGCUUACUCGGCUGGUUUCCUCUUCCAACGUGAUGUUUCGCCGAUAGGAUUCUAG